UGUUAGCCCUGAUGGGUUCACCAACCGCCAACCCCUGCGCUUUAAUGCGCGCAUCAAUUCACUCGUCACUCUCCCUCACGCGCCCCGCAGCCGCAGCUCAGCUGCCUCCCCCACUGCUCGCUUACCGCUCCUAGAAGAAAGCUUUUACCACCACCGCCCUCCGCUCCAUUGCCCAUUGCUCUUUCUCUCUCUCUCUCUCUCUCUCCUAGUCCUAGCUCCUGGCUCCAUCUUGGCGCCGGCGAAGAGAGACAUACUCGGAUGGCGGCGGCGCGGUCGGCAUUGGCGUCUGCCGGCCGUGCGGCGAACGAGGCCGUCAGCUUCGUGGUGUUCAUGCUGCUGGACGCGCUGGAGCUGCUGCUCUGCCUUCUCUACAAGGUCGCCGACUACGUGGCCGAGGGCGCGUGGCGGCCGUGCUACUGCUCGUCCUCGGCCGUGGCCGCGCCGGGGAAGAUCGUCGUGGCAGAGCGCGGCGGCUCCAAGGUGGUCAGCAUGCUCUCCUCCACCAAGCUGCUCCUGGAGGACGUCUCCGACACGCUGUACACGCGCCCGUCCCUGCUCGCCGGCGCCGCCGGGUCGUCGUCGCCGCCGUCCUUCUCCCGGCGCCGGGAGAAGGCCAGGCCGUCGGCGUCGGCCACCACGCUCACCGUGCACUCGGCCAUCGUGCAGAUCCUGCGGGGCAAGGCCGCCGGCGCCGGCGACGACGAGCACAAGCCGUACCCCUCGCCGCGUUGGUCCGACUGCCACUGCGCCAACUGCAACCCCGCCGACGCCGACCGCCUCUUCGUCCACGUCGAGGGACCCCACGACGGCGGCGACACGGAGGAGGACGUGCUGUUCAUCCACGGGUUCAUAUCGUCGUCCGGGUUCUGGACGGAGACGGUGCUGCCGCACGUGAGCCGGGAGGCGCGGGCGCGGCGGCGGCUGUUCGCGGUGGACCUCCUCGGGUUCGGGCGCAGCCCCAAGCCGGCGGACUCGCUGUACACGCUCCGGGAGCACGUGGAGAUGAUCGAGCGCUCCGUCAUCGAGCGGUACAAGGUCGGGGCGUUCCACAUCGUCGCGCACUCGCUCGGCUCCAUCCUCGCGCUCGCGCUCGCCGUCAAGUACCCCGCCGCCGUCAGGUCCAUCACCCUCGUCGCGCCGCCGUACUUCCCGGUGCCCAAGGGGGAGAUGGGGACGCAGUACGUGCUGCGGGCGGUGGCGCCCCGGCGGGUGUGGCCGGCGAUAGCGUUCGGCGCGUCGGUGGCGUGCUGGUACGAGCACCUCGGCCGCACCGUCAGCAUCGUGCUCUGCAAGCACCACCGCCUCUGGGAGCUCGCCUUCCGCGUCUUCACCUUGUACAGGGUGAAGACUUACCUGAUGGACGGCUUCUUCUGCCACACCCACAUCGCCUCGUGGCACACCCUCCACAACAUCAUCUGCGGCAGCGCCGGCAAGAUCGACAAGUGCCUCGAGGCCGUCCGGGACCAGCUCACCUGCGGCGUCACCAUCUACCACGGCGGCGACGACGAGCUCCUCCCCGUGGGCUGCAGCUACGCGGUGCAGUCCAAGAUCCCGCGCGCCAACGUCAAGGUGAUCGACGGCAAGGACCACGUCACCAUCGUCGUCCAGCGCCAGAGGGAGCUCGCCAGGGAGCUGGAGGAGAUCUGGGACACCAAACGGUGAGCCUCAGGCCAUGGACCGGUGCAAUGCAUAGGGUGAAGAACGGGAGCGGCCGGGGAAGAAUUGGGGUGGCACCUCGGGUUUAGCAGAAUGUAUGUGUCUUCGAAGAAGAACAAGGGCUGCAGGUCUGCGGCGGGCAACCACAUUUCUGGGUGCGGCGGGAGGCACAAGUGCCAGGCAAUGUCUCGAGAGUAAAAUGUGAAGAAGAUUACCUUGAUUAGUUUUUCUUUUCCUUCUCAAGCUUUCAUAUUGAAGGCUGGGAACGAUUAUUUGGCUGCUCCUGUGUAUAGUUGUGAUAAGUGCACGAUGAAUCUCAUUUCGGUUGUAACCCA